GCACUUCCGUGUUGGAGAGUAUUUCUGGUUGUCUUGUAGGGAAGCAAAGCUAAAUGCUAGUGAGUUGCUAUCUGAUUGUAUUAUCAGACCUUGACUGAAAGAGCUGCGUUUGGUGAGCUAGGAUGGGAAGUAAACUGCGGUAUGUGAAAGGAGAUCUGUUCUCCUGUCCCAGCACACACUCUCUCGCUCACUGCAUUAGCAUGGACUGCAAGAUGGGUGCAGGCAUUGCUGUACUCUUUAAAAAGAAGUUUGGAGGUGUUGAGGAACUCCUGGCACAACAGAGGAAACCAGGAGAGUGUGCUGUGCUGAAAAGAGGUUUCCUGGCCUUGAAUCCUGUUGCCACCUUUGGAGUUGAGAUCACAAAGCAAAAGUACAACCAGAAACCUACGUAUGAAACUCUCAGGCAAAGUUUGGAAGCAAUGAAAGUACACUGCGUAGAAAAUGGUGUCACCAAGCUAUCAAUACCACGGAUUGGCUGUGGUUUGGACCGGCUAACUUGGGACAAUGUGUCUGUGAUCGUUGAAGAAGUCUUCCAGCCCACAGAUGUAGCCGUAACUGUAUAUUCACUAUAGGCUGCAACAGUCCAGCAAGAAGAUUUACACUAUCAGUGCCUGGAUCAUCUUUGAAUUAUAGCACCUACAGGUCUGUUCUUGGCUUAAGGACAACACAACACUGCUAGCUUAUAAUUCUCAAGUCUAAAGAACGGUUUCUUGGAAGGUUAGUGUUGACUUUUCACAGUGUGUUCAGUAUUCAGAUUCUGUUCUCAGAGCUGUUCAAGUUCAGAUGAUUAUGCAUGUUCACCACUGAAUGGUGGUAUUAUUUAGAUUGGAUUUAGGUGAUCUUACGCUGGCUGUUCACUUUCUUCCAGUGCCAGAUUAAGUAAAACUGUGAUUACUAAACCUGCACAAUGCUUUAUAAAAUAAACAUGCAACUGUAUUUAAACCA